CCGUGACAUCAUCUGCUUAUGGCCCCACCUCAAAGGUCACCCGCCCUUCAUCCCGCCGUUGUCCGCAGCGCGGGGAGACCAGAGAGAAGGGAGAGAGAGCUCUUCGGGCAUGAUCCAGCACAGCCUGCCCGAGAGAAUAUUCUUUCCCUUCAUUCUCACUCAGGCACUCACUCAUCCACUCUAAACUCGCUGUAACUCUCCUGGCGUAUCACGUCUUGCAUGAGAUGAUACACGACAGGACGGGCGCGGGAUCAGAGAAGGAAUGCAUUGCCGAAGGAAUAAGUUUUUGACUAAUACUUAAUAGUAAUGAUUUUGUACUUCUUAUAACCGCCUAUUUGCAUGUUAGGUAGGUUAGGUGGUAUCUAACCUGCUGUGUCUUUUCACAGCCUGGGACAGAAUAUAUCCCGGUAAGAUAACAAUACGAAAAUUUACCUAACCACCAACUGCUACACUGAAUUAACUCAACUCUUACCUUUGAUCCCGAAUCUGUAUUUGGCUUGAGGGACUUUUAUAUGACUCACUCACGUAUCGUGCUGAAUAUAAUCUUACCACAUUUCCCCUCCCCCCUUGCGGAUUUCUUUCUAUUUCGCAAUUUCAAUUGUCGUCAAUCAGCUAGUUAGCAUACCAUUGCGGUAAUUAUUACCUAUACGCAUUGAGGACACUUGUCUAUAUCAAUCAAAUCAGAGCGAAAAAAAAUAAAUGUCGCGUUACGAGGACAGCCGUUCUCGAGGGCGAUCGAGCCACCACCGGGACCACUCUCCCGUCUACGCGUACUCGGGAGGCGACUACCCCAUAUCCUACGAGGAAGCGCGGCAGCUCGCCAAGACGACAAACUCCGCUGCCGCCGACGACGAGUCGCCGCUGCCGCCGAAGCAGCUGACGUACGAGCCGUACCCGCCUCGAUCGUCGUCGAGCCUGCUAAUACCUGAAUCGCGCUCGCGACCCAGAUCGAUCCCCUCGGGCGAUUACCGCAGAUCGAGUCGCGGGAGGAAACACGAGAGAAGGGGUCGCGACAGCGAUAGCGAAUACUCUUACGAUGACGAGGAGGAAGGGGAGGGCCGCACACGGACUCCGAUCGAUAAGGCGCGGAACUUCGUCGAUAACAACUUCUCCAAUUCGACCGCGGGCUUGGGAGUCGGCGUGCUGGGCGCGUUGGUCGGUGGUCUAGCGGCUAGGGAAGCGGUCGAUGCUACGAGUAAGAGCAGCAACGGCCACGGCCAUCACCAUAGCCACGAGAUGUCCCCCGACCAGAAGCGCAAGCAGCUCAUCGGCACGGUGGUGGGCGCCGCGGUAGGCGCGCUCGGCGCGAACGCGGUCGAGAAGAGGCUGGAGAUGCGGCGGGAAAGGGAUAGGGUCGAGCAGGGGGAUUGGGAGCGCAAGUACAGACCGGACCACCGCGACCGCGACUUCGACCUUGACGGCGGGGUCGAGAAGCGCGAGGUGAUCGUCGCACGUCCGCGAGACCGAGACCGAGACCAGGACGGUAGCGGCGGUUCCCCCAGCUUGAGGAGAAGGGAUUGGGAACGGGAUGACCGCGACUACUACUACCGCCCCCGUUCCCGGAGCCGCGGCGUCGAGCGCGAGGUCGAUCCUGAAGCGCGAAGCUGGCGAAACGUCGAGGAUUGGCUGUAUGAUGAGCGGAAUGAGAAUGGUAGUGGGAGGAGUGGUAGUAGGAGUAGGCCGAGGUCGAGCGGACGGAGAAGUGCGGAUGAAGAGUAUCGAUACUCAUAAGAUUGGGUUAGGUACCUAGUCGCGUCAAAGAGCUUCUACCACGCGCACGCGCACCCCCCCUUUUUUUCUCUUAAUAGGUAACUUCGUACCUUAGGAGGUGAGGUACCUAAACUUUGUAGAUUUUCCACUCUCCGGUUACGUAAUGCGGAGUUACACAGUCUAAAUGAGGUAUCAAGGAGCGAAGCUGCUCAGCGCAAAAUUGGUCUAUGCAUAAAUAGAUAAUGAGGGUUGGGACGAUAAUAGAAUUAUUCAUUAUCAUUCUUAGCCUUUUAAUUGCCUGUAUACAGGAGUUCCGGGGGAGAAAAGAAGCAACUUCCCUCAACGCAUGCAAACAAAA